UUUGCCUCUAGCACUGCCUGCCUCCGAUGUACUUAAAUUAGAAUAAAAUUAUCCAAAAGAUGAGAAAACAUUAACAUAGCUAUAUAGCUGUAAUCUGAUCUUUUCCCGUAUUAUUCGCAUUUCUGUGGAGAGCCCAUGUUCUCUGCCUCUCUAGACUGAAAGUCUUCAGGCGGAUCACCAGGGGAGGAGAAUCAAGAGAAACGCCCGACGAACUCCGGGGUAUCAUCUAAUCGUUCGCGGUUUUACCGAGAUCGUAGCCUUCUCGUGCGAACGACGACCUUGUGCGCCGUUCACAAUCGGGGCCAAAAGCUGCCCUCAAAACUGGAGAUGGGGUGAGAACCUCAGGUACCUCCUGGGAAAAUCCGGGAAGUUUCGCUUCAGUUUGGGGCUGCGAUUCACCAGAGGUCCGCUAGAUGGCAGAGCGGAGCUGAAAGGGAGGAGGGGAUGAACCGGUUGCGCCAUCAGCCACGACAAGAGACUACAUAAUGAAACCCGUUGCCUGGCGGUUUCCUCAGUGGGGCAAAAAAAAAAAAAAAAAAAAAGUCAGAUCAGCCUCUCCAACUUUCCGCGAGUCAUUCCCGGAAGCUGUUCUCGGGGAGCGGUUUGGACUCUCCUGCUCCGCACUGGGGGGAAAGCGAGGAGUUUAGGCAAGAGCCCUGCGCGUUUCUUCCCUUUUUUUUUGCAACGCAGUUUUUCUCUCCGACCGGCGCCGUUUCUCCAGCGGAAGAUCGCGGGGGAGAGAAGCGCGCUUUCCUCCCGCAGAGCAUCCUGAGCGGCGGAGAGAAAACGCGACGGAGCUGGGAAGCAGUUGCUGCUGUGUGAUUCAGGAUGGGAUCGAAACUCUCUGUGGAUGAUUCUGUCCGUGUCGUCAUAGUUGGAGGCGGCUUCGGAGGGAUGGAAGCUGCCCGCCUCCUGCAGGAAUGGGGGAUCCCCUUCAUCUUGGUGGACAUGAGAGAUUCCUUCCAUCACAAUGUGGCUGCUCUGCGGGCUUCUGUACAGUAUGGAUUUGCAAAAAAGACCUUUAUCUCCUUCUCUGAGACCUUCAAAGAGAGUUUCCAGCAGGGAAAAGUAGUUGGGAUUGAUUUGGAGAAACAUCAAGUCCUACUGAACGAUGGUAAAGUGCUUUCAUUUUCUCACCUGAUCCUGGCCACCGGGAGUGAAGGGCCUUUUCCUGGGAAGUUUAAUGAACUUGUUAAUAUGGAGAUGGCUAUUCAGGCUUAUGAGAACAUGGUCAAGGAGUUGGAAAAAGCUGAGCGGGUGGUAAUCGUAGGUGGCGGAUCUGCUGGGGUUGAAAUGGCUGCAGAAGUUAAGACGACAUAUCCUAACAAAGAGGUCACACUUAUUCAUUCAAAAAUGGCAUUGGCAGAUGACGGACUUCUUCCCAGAGUCAGGGAGGCAGUGAAGGAGACUCUUACACAGGAAGGAGUGCAUCUCUUGUUGGAUCAGAGAGUUUCUAAUCUCCAUAUGCUAUAUUUUAACCAAUUCAAGGAGAACAUGAUGGUGGAGACUGAUAAAGGUACAGAGGUUAUUGCAGAUCUGGUGAUUCUGUGCACUGGAAUAAAAAUAAACUCUUCAGCAUAUAGCAGCGCAUUCAGAGACCAGCUGGCAAAUAAUGGUGCUUUGAAAGUGAAUGACCACCUUCAGGUUGUGGGAUAUGACAACAUCUAUGCCAUUGGUGACUGCACAGAUGUGAAAGAACCAAAGUUGGCAUAUCAUGCUCAGCUCCAUGCAAACGUUGUGGUGACCAAUAUUAUCAACAGCCUGACUCAGAAGCCUCUGAAAACCUAUAAACCAGGAUCGCUUACCUUCCUGAUCUCCCUGGGAAGUAAUGAUGGAGUGGGACAAAUCAAUGAAUACUAUGUAGGACAUCUUUUAGUGACUGUUCUCAAAAGUAAAGAUCUUUUCAUUUCAAAAAGUUGGAAGAAGAUGCAUCAGCACAUGCCAUGCUAGAAAAGGAACUGCUAUAAACAAAAACAGAACUGA